GCGGCGUUUGAGUGGAGGAAGAUGGCGGCUCCGGGCGGCUCGGGGUCCCGCCAGCUGUGAGGAGCCCCAGUUCGGCAAGCGCCGUUUGAGGCGGAGCACCUCUGCUCUGGCUCUGUCCCCGGCUCUCUCAUCGCCGUCGCCAGCGGAGCGAACCCGAGAGCGUGGCGCGGGCUGGACCAGCUGUUUGAGUGGAAUGUCAUGGCCAGCUCCUCGGACAGUGAAGAUGACAGUUUCAUGGCUGUGGACCAAGAAGAAGCUGUGCUGGAAGGGACAAUGGAGCAGGAUGAGGAGCCCCACCCAGCACUGGAGGCUGAGGAGACAAGACAUAACAGGUCCAUGUCUGAACUGCCAGAAGAGGUUUUGGAGUAUAUCCUGUCCUUCCUUUCACCAUACCAGGAGCACAAAACUGCAGCCCUUGUCUGCAAACAGUGGUAUCGGCUUAUCAAAGGUGUAGCUCACCAGUGUUACCAUGGUUUCAUAAAGGCUGUCCAGGAAGGACACAUUCAGUGGGAGAGUCGGACAUACCCUUACCCUGGAACCCCGAUCACUCAGCGGUUCUCACACAGUGCAUGCUAUUACGAUGCUAACCAGUCUAUGUAUGUGUUCGGGGGCUGUACCCAGAGCAGCUGCAAUGCUGCCUUCAAUGACCUCUGGAGACUUGACCUAAAUAGCAAAGAGUGGAUCCGACCUUUGGCUUCAGGAUCCUACCCUUCCCCUAAAGCUGGAGCAACUCUGGUUGUGUAUAAGGACCUGCUGGUACUAUUUGGUGGCUGGACGCGGCCGAGCCCAUAUCCCCUACACCAACCAGAGAGAUUCUUCGACGAAAUACACACUUACUCACCCUCUAAAAACUGGUGGAACUGCAUUGUGACAACCCAUGGGCCACCUCCCAUGGCUGGCCAUUCCUCCUGUGUGAUAGAUGAUAAAAUGAUUGUCUUUGGUGGCUCCUUAGGAUCCCGGCAAAUGAGCAACGAUGUCUGGGUCCUUGACCUUGAGCAGUGGGCGUGGUCCAAGCCGAACAUCUCCGGCCCCAGUCCUCAUCCUCGAGGUGGCCAAUCUCAGAUUGUCAUAGAUGAUGCAACUAUCUUAAUCCUUGGAGGGUGUGGCGGUCCCAAUGCUCUCUUCAAGGAUGCUUGGUUAUUGCACAUGCACUCGGGGCCCUGGGCCUGGCAGCCACUCAAGGUAGAAAAUGAAGACCAUGGGGCCCCAGAACUGUGGUGCCACCCAGCUUGUCGGGUGGGGCAGUGUGUGGUGGUCUUCAGCCAGGCUCCUAGUGGGAGAGCCCCACUGAGCCCCAGUUUGAACUCCCGCCCAUCGCCGAUCAGUGCCACUCCUCCAGCCCUGGUUCCUGAAAGCCGAGAGCACCGCUCACAGUCCCCAGUAAGGAGUAUGGAUGAAGCCCCUUGUGUUAACGGCCGCUGGGGAACACUGAGGCCCAGAGCUCAAAGGCAGACCCCCUCAAGUUCCCGGGAAGGGAGCCUUUCCCCAGCCAGAGGGGAUGGCUCUCCCAUCCUCAACGGUGGGAAUUUGUCUCCAGGAACAGCAGCUAUAGGUGGCUCUUCCUUGGAUAGCCCUGUGCAGGCCCUAUCUCCGAGCACUCCGUCUACCACUGAAGGGUAUGACCUCAAAAUGGGACUUUCUUUGGCUCCCCGACGAGGGUCACUACCAGAUCAGAAAGAUCUGAGGUUAGGAUCAAUAGAUCUGAAUUGGGAUCUAAAACCUGCUUCGAGUAGCAAUCAUAUGGAUGGUGUGGACAACAGGACAGUUGGGGGAAGCAUGAGACACCCUCCUGAACAGACGAAUGGUGUGCACACCCCUCCACACGUGGCCAGUGCCCUUGCAGGAGCUGUCUCCCCAGGUGCCCUGCGUCGGAGCCUAGAAGCCAUCAAAGCAAUGUCAUCCAAAGGCCCCUCAGCCUCCGCAGUGCUAAGUCCUCCUCUGGGGUCUUCUCCAGGCUCUCCUGGGAACCAGAACCUGGGAAGUGGAGAAACAGUUCCUGUUCCCCGCCCAGGGCCUGCCCAAGGAGACGGACAUUCCUUACCUCCCAUUGCCCGCCGUCUGGGCCACCACCCUCCACAAUCCCUAAAUGUUGGCAAACCUUUGUACCAGAGUAUGAACUGCAAGCCCAUGCAGAUGUACGUGCUAGACAUUAAAGACACCAAGGAGAAGGGGCGGGUCAAAUGGAAAGUAUUUAAUAGCAGUUCUGUGGUCGGACCUCCUGAAACCAGCCUGCAUACAGUGGUCCAAGGCAGGGGUGAACUCAUCAUAUUUGGAGGACUCAUGGACAAGAAACAGAAUGUGAAGUACUAUCCAAAAACAAACGCCUUGUACUUUGUGCGAGCAAAGAGAUAAUGUGUUCUAAACCCCCUUCCCUUUCUGUGGCUUUUAAUUUUCCAGCGUGCAAGCAUUUUGGACUGUGAAUUGGGAAAACAAAGGACAGAAUUACUCCCAUAAACCAAAACCCCAAUUCCCAACCUCACUCACUCCAGGCUGGGAUCAAAACUCCAUUAAGAGAAGAAUUAUAUAUAAAUAUAUAAAUAUAUAUUAUAUAGCCAACUCUGUUUACAAAGAGGGAGAGAUCUCCGUCCUGGUUCAGAUAAAUUUGUUGCUGUGUUUUA